AUGCCAGCUCUGGCCACUUGGACGAAGCCACUGGGCCGUGGGUUCGGCCUCCUCGUGCUGGCCACAGAGUUGGGGCCCCUCACGCUCCUCACAGGCCUGCCCAGCGCAGCCCAUGCGCUCACUGGGGGCUCCUUCCCAGGGCGCGACCCCGAUGGACGCCGGGCCUCCCUGGCGACCCUGCUGGCCAAGCCCGGGGCAAGACACCAGACCUUCGGGAUCCCCGCAUCCACCAAAGCAGUGCUGACCCACAGGCGCUGGGCAGGGCGGCCUCCAGUGCUACAGCGACAGCUCCAGGGAGGCCCGGGGAAACUGAGGCACGGUCAGGGAGCCUGUGGCAGGGAAGAGGGCUUGACUGUACUCUGCGCUAGGACACCCCAAGUCCUGCAGGCAGUGCUGGGGUCCGGCCCCGUGCAUCCUGCCUGGGCCGGGAUUCAGACUCCUUUGCCUCCUUCCUGGACGUCACCUGUUGCACCCAGGAGAUCUCAGUGUCGGGCCAUGGAAACCCCUGCUUGGGCCAUGCACAGCUCCCCUGCUUGUGUUCCGAGCCCCUUUACCCCCCAGCCCCUGGCCCUCAGCAACCCCCCUCCCUGGAUGCGGCCUCAUCUCUUCUCCAGCUUUUCUGACCCUGCCCCACUUCCUGCACCCUGCACGCAUUCUGACAGGCAGGCCUCUGUUCGCACAGUUCCUUCCACCUGGCACACCCCCAUCUCUGCCCUCAACCCAGGCUCAUCUUGCUGUAUGGUGAAGCUAGCCCCAGCGCCAUCCUCCUCUGUCCCCACAGCACUGUCUGCCUGCACCCUCGCCUGCUGGCCUUGGAGCAGGGCCAAGCUGCAGAGAGGCCAAGCCCCUGUCCCGUGGCCCUGUGCCCAGCACACACAGGGGCUCGAGUUUGCUGGGUGA